UGAGGAGCUCAGAGGGAGUUGACAGAGGAGGGCGACCCUCAGCUGUGGAGUACGGACUAAAAGGUUUAACUACAAGGGAAAGAAAAGGUUUUACUAAAAACAAUUCACUUGUUGACAUUGCUGGACUUUGAUCAGAAAAGUUUGAUCUGCAACACAAAUUGCACAUACAAGCUUCAGCAGCUUCAAACCACCUCUUAGUGCGGCUACGUGUGACGAUGAGGUCCGUCGUGCUGCUGUGUCUCCUGGUGGUCCAGGAGGCUGGAGCUGCCAGGUUCGUCCGGGACUCCCAGAGCAUGCCUGAAGCUUCAGAACCAUCCAAGAGCAACGCAUCCAUCCCCUCUUCCCCUUCACAGCCCACUCGUCCACGGAGCCCUCCCCCCAUGUGUUUAAAGCCAACAGAGAUCAAGCACGCCUUCAAGUAUGUGAACACCAUCAUAUCCUGCCUGAUCUUUGUGGUGGGGAUCAUCGGCAACUCCACGCUGCUCAGGAUCAUUUACAGGAACAAGUGCAUGUGGAAUGGGCCCAAUGUUCUGAUUGGCAGCCUGGCGCUGGGAGACCUGCUUUAUAUCGUCAUCGCUAUUCCUAUUAAUGUGUAUAAGCUAAUUGCCGAGGACUGGCCGUUUGGAGUCUACAUCUGCAAGUUGAUGCCGUUUAUCCAGAAAGCCUCAGUAGGAAUCACUGUCCUCAGCCUGUGUGCUCUCAGCAUUGACCGCUACCAUGCAGUGACAUCAUGGAGCAGGGUGAAGGGGAUGGGGAUCCCUCUGUGGAAGGCGGUGGAGGUCACUCUGAUCUGGCUGGUUGCCGUGGUGCUGGCAGUCCCUGAGGCGCUGGCGUUUGAUAUGAUGGAGAUGUCGUACAGAGGAAGCAAGCUGCGUGUCUGCCUGCUGCAUCCGGUGCAGGCCACCAGCUUUCUGAAGUUCUAUCGGGAAUUCAAAGACUGGUGGCUGUUUGGUUUCUAUUUCUGCUUACCUCUGGCCUGCACGGGAAUCUUUUAUACACUUAUGACCUGUGAGAUGCUCAGUCGGAAAAAAGGAAUGCGCAUCGUGCUCAAUGACCACAUGAAGCAGCGGAGGGAAGUGGCGAAGACUGUGUUCUGCCUCGUGUUGAUUUUUGCUUUCUGCUGGCUGCCCCUUCAUCUCAGCCGUAUUCUGAAGAACACGGUCUACAACCAAAAUGACCCCAACCGCUGCGAGCUGCUCAGCUUCCUCUUGGUAAUAGAUUACAUUGGCAUCAACAUGGCCUCUCUAAACUCCUGCAUUAACCCGAUCGCCCUCUACUUUGUCAGCCAGAAGUUUAAGAACUGUUUCCAGUCUUGCCUGUGCUGCUGGUGCUAUGGCACGUCUCCUCUGGAUGAGCAGGGCUCAGGGGGACGCUGGAAGGGCUCUUGCCACGUGAACGGACUGGACCGCUCCAGCUCCCGCUCCAGUCAGAAAUACACAAGCUCUUCAUAAACACACACACACACACUCAUCAUCUCACUCGAACUAUGAAACUGAAAACCUAUGGUUAGAUCUGAGUCAGGAGGGGGAAAUUAGCCCAGGUGGAAGUCGAUGGAGCCGUGGUUUCUGCAGAAUAAGACUCAGUGAUGUACUAGUUUAAGCUGAAUUACCUACAAAUGCGAUGAUGCUUCAUGUGGCACCAACAAGGUCCAUUGGACUAAAAGGCUGGACCACAAAAUAUUUUGAAGAGAAUAUCAAGCCACUUGUAAAUGUAUGUACAAUUUAUUUACAUGUAGAUUGCAAAUGUGUGCUUGUGUCUAGCGAUAGCGCUUUGUUUAUGAAUAAGGACUGACCAGUACUUCCUGCCUACGCUUUAAUACCUCACAGGAAACGCUCAAGAGAAAAUGAGUCCUUCAGGAUGCAAAGGACCGGAAUAUUUGAGCGUCUAUUCUCCGAUAACACUUUUCCCCAGCAGCUGAGUCUUUGACAAAGACAUUUAUCCAGUUUGCACUUGAAGCUAAACUGAAAUGGUCACUUCAUACCAGAUUAAAAUGGGCCCCACUCUGUACCUUUCAGUCAUGUGGAGAGUUGCACGUUGGAAAUCUUUUUAUCGCUGCUUCGAGUCAUAUGGGAGCAGCUGUUUUCCACAAACACUGUAAUAAACCAGAUGAUCCCCAUAAUGCAUUAUGUUCACAGUUGUUUCAAACAAUGUGGCUUCUAUUUUUCUAAGAGCAUCACAAAGAACACAUGAGGAACUUGUGUAACCCGUCAACCCGAAGUGUGCUAACUUCCUGCUUCUGUUAGAAAGGAUCUGCUUGCAAGAAAUAAACUUUAAAUUACAUAUAAAUAAACAUUUUAAACCUGCUAUUUAAAGAGUGAGUCACUCCCAAAUUAACUUUUUUUUUACUGAUAAACUAUAUAAAUGAGUGCUGUAGACACGUGUAGUCAAAAAUUUGGCACUUUAGUGCAUCUUAGUUAAAAUUAUAAUAUUCUGCCUGAAACUGUCAGUGUUGCGCCCUCUUCAGGUAAAAACUCUGCACUACAUUUUCAUUUAAAUCUGCCAUCACUAUUGGCUAAGAGGUACCCUAUGACAUUAGCUGGUACCAUAUGAUGUCACAAUGCCACUGUGAGCUUGUGUAUGUCUACCAGGCUACGCCUCCCUGUGGCAUGUUUUUCAAACAGGAAAUGGGAGUGAAGUCAGACUCUGGUAGGGGGUGACUUGCUCUUUAAAUUUCAAAAAGAAUAUGACUGCAUUCAACUUUGGUUAUAUAGUUAUUUUGCAUCCUAGUCAGGCUCCAGCUUCUACGUGACUCUGUUGGGUAAAACCAGUAGAUCAGAGGUCAGCAAAUCCAGUUGUUGGGGAAAAGAAAUAUCCAUCUAACGCUGAAGGAUCAUUUAUGUUUCAGAUGCACAAAUAUAGGCUAAAGAGGGGUUACCGACACAUCUAUGUUCUACACCUGCUUGAUCUAGUUCAAGGUUGUGUGGAGCUGGUAUGUAUCUCCAGUGGUCAAUGGGCGAGAGGCAGGGUUACACACCGUAGACCUCUCAAACAUUUUUUCAAUGUCAUGUGAGGUGAUUUGACCAUAUGCUCCCUUGAGAAUCUUCUCCAGGGGCUAGUUCAAUAAAACAUUCAUCUGUACAGUCAAGCUGCUCCCACUAGAGCUCCACAGGGUUCAGAUCCAGAAACUGCAUUAGGCAAAGUAAUAUUCCAUCUGGUUUCUUUUGUUAUUUUAAAUAUGGCCAAAACCAUUUUGUAGCUGUGUUUUGGGUGAACAUGAAAUUAGACUAAAUCAAAUCACCACAGGGCAUUGCAAAAACCUGUGAUAGCCAAAGCAUCGGCCCUCAUGCAGGACACACACAGAGGACUGACUAUUGCUGAUUAUAGGCCAUAAAUUAUUAAGUUAAAUGAUUCACUUGUGUAGCACCUUUCUGAUCAAAGGAACCCAAAGUCCCUUAAACUACCGUGAAUUAUUCAUCCAUCCACACACAAACGCAUUCACACACUGAUUGUGAUGAGACACUUACAGAUAAAGCUAUGUAUAAAGGUGGGGUACGAGAUGUUUUUCAUGGGCGUCUUUUGCCAUAUUGGUCGAAAUACUCCACGUGUCGAUGGCAACCAAUAAAAUUAAUGUUUUGUCAAAAAAUGAGAGAUCGUAGUUGCCUUAUCCAACCAUUGUGAAUGUCCCGUUCUAAAUGACUGGAUCCAAAUCCAUUCAUCAAACUGCUUUCUGACUGGCCCUCCACACUCUGGACAUACCCCUCAAUGUGCACGAAUUGCACUAUCUCACCUUGGAGCAGCUCAACAGGAAGAGAAGUCAGAGCCAGGCUAGCUAUAUUGGCUAGCUUACGGAAUUGUUAUAUGGUUACGUAGCCUCAGCAGAAGUAGCAGAGUGGGUUUCCAGUGUAAUAAGCCCAGUCCUCCCCACUUGAUUUCUUCUCUACGUCCCCAGGACUUCUCUCUCUCUUACUCUUUUAGUAGGGACACGGUCCGGAGAACUACUGACUGUCACCAGAUGAGUCCGUGAUAAGCUUGGAGGUUCAAUAGCUGUUACAUAGGUGUGAUACAUAAGCACUUAAGACAGGAGAGAUCCCAACAACAGGUUAAAAAGUUAAGAAAACGUCAUGUUUUUAUGAUUGUUUGACAGCACCCGUUGUGUCAGCAUGCUUCCGUAUUCUGGAGGCACAGGUUGGGGUGGGGGGUGAAGAAAAGGGGUGGGACCAUUGAACUGUGUUUUUUCAAAAUGUAGCUGCCUCAGACAUCUUUUCCCGGGAACAUCUACCCUACCUUUAACAGUCUUUGGCUCGAAUAUCGACUACUCAACAUAUGAACACAGUGUAAGGUCAACCAAUGUGUCUAGAAUGGUCCACAAGGGUCUUCUCCACAUUACGGUGAUUAUACUGAGCCUUUCUUCAUGCUUCCUCUUGUCUUUUGACCAUGAUGCCCUUUUCCAGUGAUUGUUCUUUUGCAUGAUGCAACCAAAAAAGGCAAGAAUUAGCUUGGUGACCACUGACUGAAGUGUCACGUCCGUCUUCAUUUGUUCCAUAGAGCAUCCUUCUCAAGCAAAAAUUUAGAUCUUUCGUUUAAAAAUAAUCUGAUUAAUUUUAAUUGCUAUGAAAUGGGUAAAUUUGUUUUUGAGCUGCAUGAAAAUGUGAUUUCCUUUGGAAAACAACAUUUCUAAGUGAUCCCUUUGGAGUGAUUGUGUGGAUGAAAUGCUUACAGAAUAUUUGCUGCAAUAAGCAGCAAAAGAAUGUAAAAGCAAAACGACAAAUUUCAUUUUUCAAACUUUUCAAAGAAUGUCAGUUCCGAAUAACUAGAUCAUGUAUGUGUAAUGAAAAUACUUUAAAGGAAACAUAUUUAUCCUGACUUUGUUCCUGUUUGGAUCAGCAAUCAUGAUAAUUACUAGAUGUCUGAACCCUGAGUUAAAGUUCGAAUAAUUAACUAUCAUCCUGAGGACUCUGGUUCUAAAAGACGCCACUUAUUAAUACAAUAAGUUGGAAAUGCCCGCUCUAUUUUUAUAAAUCUAUAGUUCUGACAUGAUAUCUCCUUUUGCAAUGCUGUGAUUGUGCUCUUAUUGUAAUAAAGCAGGAGGAGAAUUAUGAGAAUUCCCACAUUUUGCUUUUACCUUCAUCUGCUAAGGAGGCUCAGAGCAGCAUUUUCCAUGUUUCCAUAGAUGAGCUAACACGUUAAAGAGGUUUUGCAAAAAUGUAAGGCUGGAGAACCAAAUAUAUGUGAAUAUUGUGGCCCUGUUGAUUGAAACCUUGUAUAUAGUAUGUUUUUUCUUAGAUUAUACAAUAUUAAAUAUUAUUUUAUAGCA